GAAUUUUAAUAACGUGAAACUGAAAUGAAAUCCAAUCCUCGUUGAAUAAAAAAACACUGUUAAAUCUCAGCUCUCGGCAGCAACGGCAAAAAAGGUUGGAAGUCAAAGGAAAAAUGGCGUUUUUGUUGAUGAUGGUGGAGUUUUUGGCUGCUUUGGUUUUGAUCGUUCUAUUUGGUUUAGUUUCUGUAACCGUUUUCAAAGCUUAUAGAAGACGUCACAAUAACGCUCAUGUUGAAGCGCCGGCGAUCUUUGAGGAUCCGAAAUCAUUGAAACAGGUUCCUUGUCCUUAUAUUUUCGAUCCAGCUGAGAAAUACUUGUCCUUGAUAAUUCCGGCUUUCAAUGAAGAACAUAGGCUUCCUGGUGCACUUGAUGAAACCAUGAAUUAUCUUCAACAACGGGCAGCAAAGGAUAAGUCAUUUUCUUAUGAGGUGUUAAUUGUUGAUGAUGGAAGUAGGGAUGGAACAAAGAGAGUAGCUUUUGGCUUUGUAAAGAAGUAUGGUGUAGACAAUGUCAGGGCUAUCCUUCUCGGUAGAAACCACGGAAAAGGAGAAGCUAUAAGAAAAGGUAUGCUACAUUCACGUGGUGAAUUACUUCUAAUGCUAGAUGCUGAUGGGGCCACCAAGGUUACUGACCUAGAAAAACUUGAAAAUCAGAUCCAUGCAGUUGCCAGGAAAGGUUAUCAUUGUGGGGAUUCAGAGACCAGUGACACAAGUUUUAGAAUAUCUGAUAUCCCAAUAGUUGCAUUUGGUUCUCGUGCUCAUCUUGAGGAGAAAGCUCUUGCUACAAGGAAGUGGUAUCGCAAUUUUUUGAUGAAGGGUUUCCAUCUUGUGGUUGUCCUGACCGCUGGUCCUGGAAUUCGUGAUACGCAGUGUGGUUUUAAGAUGUUUACUAGGUCUGCAGCAAGGAAGCUUUUCACAAACAUCCGUUUGAAAAGAUUUGCGUCAUCAGACACAUGCUCGUUUGCUCAUUGAAUACUCUAACGGUACUUUUCUACUGCUUCCCAUUUACGGAUACAAGUGUCUGAAAAGGAGAAAUAAUACAAAAUAGUGGAUGGAGAUGAAGUCUUAUGUGAUAUUCUGUUUCUUUCAAUUGUUGAGAAUGGAAAGAAAUAGUAAGGACAGGAAUCAAGUAAUUUUUUUUGUAAUAGAUAUUCUUAUUCAUGUUAGGUUCAUCAUUCCAAACAUCCACGGUUUUGAUAAGAUUUGCCAAGUAAUUUAGGAUAGAAAUUGUCAUUAUCAUUUAUAAUUCUUUGGACUUUCUCUUUCUACCAAAACCAGAAGAAUUCUUAAUUUGAACACACUUCUGACUUUGUUUUAGAUGAACUUCUCCAAGGUCUAGCAAUUAGGUUGUAGUAAGAGAAGAUUUCCAAUCUAUUGUUCACUGCUUUGAUGAAUCCUUUUGAAAUUUUCUGUGAUUGACUUAGCAUGAUGGACUAUAUU